UCCUACACCCUGGGUGCUCGCUCCUCCUCCCGUCCCCUGCGCAUCCCUGCUCUCGCUCCUGGAGCUCUGCAGAGUCUCACUGGGGCGCUGCAGCGAGGGAGCUUCAGGCUCACCAAAACCGGGACCGCUGCGGAAGCCAGGGCAGGGUCGGCUUCGCUGACACCAUGAAUGGCUCGGGCAGCCUGGGGGCCGAGGACACGAGCCAGGAAGUCAGCAGCGGCGGCUGGCAGCCCGAGGCGGUCCUCGUGCCCCUGCUUUUCGCGCUCAUCUUCCUCGUGGGCACCGUGGGCAACGCGCUGGUGCUGGCUGUGCUGCUGCGCGGCGGCCAGGCGGUCAGCACCACCAACCUGUUCAUCCUCAACCUGGGCGUGGCCGACCUGUGCUUCAUCCUGUGCUGCGUGCCUUUCCAGGCCACCAUCUACACCCUGGACGGCUGGGUGUUCGGCUCGCUGCUCUGCAAGGCCGUUCAUUUCCUCAUCUUCCUCACCAUGCACGCCAGCAGCUUCACACUGGCCGCGGUCUCCCUGGACAGGUAUCUGGCCAUCCGCUACCCGCUGCACUCCCGCGAGCUGCGCACACCUCGAAACGCGCUGGCGGCCAUCGGGCUCAUCUGGGGGCUCGCACUGCUCUUCUCCGGGCCCUACUUGAGCUACUACCGUCAGUCAGAGCUAGCCAACCUGACCGUGUGCCACCCAGCAUGGAGCGCGCCUCGACGCCGCGCCAUGGACCUCUGCACCUUCGUCUUCAGCUACCUGUUGCCUGUGCUCGUCCUCAGCCUGACCUACGCGCGUACCCUGCGCUACCUCUGGCGCACAGUCGACCCAGUGGCGGCAGGCUCGGGCUCCCAGCGCGCCAAACGCAAGGUGACACGCAUGAUCGUCAUCGUCGCCACGCUCUUCUGCCUAUGUUGGAUGCCCCACCACGCACUUAUCCUCUGCGUGUGGUUUGGUCGCUUCCCGCUCACGCGCGCCACUUACGCGCUGCGCAUCCUUUCACACCUAGUUUCUUAUGCCAACUCGUGUGUCAACCCCAUCGUUUACGCGCUGGUCUCUAAGCAUUUCCGCAAGGGUUUCCGAAAAAUCUGCGCAGGCCUGCUGUGCCGCGCCCCGAGGCGAGCCUCAGGCCGGGUGUGCGUUGUGGCGCCUGGCAACCAUAGUGGCAGUGUGCUGGAACGCGAGUCCACAGACCUGACACAUGUGAGCGAGGCAGCGGGGCCUCGUCCAGCACCCGGACUUCCCAACUGCACAGCCUCGAGUAGAGCCCUCAGCCCUGUUGGUUAAAGGAUCAAAGGGCAUCUAAGGACAUCUUCACAGUGUGGCCUGAGGACACCUGCGGGUUGCAGCCAAAGACUGAGAAUUGUAGGGAAUGCUUCUCUGAUAUUCAACUGCACAGAUUGCUAGUCAUGUGACAUAAGCCUUCAAUCCCAGCACUUGGGUAGUUGAAGGAACAGGAGCAAAGCCAGCCUUGAGUUUGAGCCCCCCUUGAACUACACGAGAU